AUGACGGAGAAUGUCUACAACGCCAUCGAGGACUAUGGUCUGAUCGGGGAUAUGCACACCUGUGCUCUGAUCAGCAAAAUUGGAAUCAGCCCCCAGAAAGGCACCCAGUCAGGCCGAAUGCUAUCGGGCUAUUGUCCCUGCAACGACCCAGGGGCUAAUCGUUUCAAGUCGGGCCUUCAGCACUCCGGUGUGAUCAGGAAGCUGGAGUGUAUGCGAGGCUCCAUGGAGUUGAAAGUGGAGCUGUUCCCCGCCUUCAACUAUGCUAGAGACUCGCACAAUACCAGAGCCAAGCUGGAAAAUGAUCUGCGCGAGAAUCCACUGCAAUCAAUUCACUUUGAGAGUCCAACAGAGCGUCUUCAAGUGGAGAUUUAUGCCGACUCUCGGGAGCCGGACAAGACCGGGUUCCCACAAGCCAAGUUUUCUCUUGAAGAGCGGAUUGGUCUCAAAGGACGAGGGCUCGUUGCCUGGAUCCGUUUGGCCGAAGGGCAAACCGUUCAGUUCGUCCUGCACAGCCCCGAGAAAGCUGUCCCAAGCUCCGCGACCAUGGCAGCGUACCUGGGCAAGAUGGAGGAACAGACUUCCGAAUACUGGACCAACUGGACUCGCAAAUGUGUAUUCCGAGGACACUAUCGGGAGACUGUCGAGCGCAGCCUCUUGAUCCUGAAGUUGCUCACUUACAAGCCCACGGGAGCAAUCGUCGCAGCGCCGACUUUUUCGUUGCCGGAAAACGUGGGCGGCUCCCGUAACUGGGACUAUCGAUACUCCUGGGUCCGUGACACCACCUUUACGUUGUAUGUCUUCCUCAAAAUGGGAUACAGGGCCGAGGCGGAGUCGUACGUCAACUUUAUCUUCGACCGGAUCUUCCCGCACGCGGCCCAAGAUAUUGAGCCUGGAAGCAAACGGCCCUUCCUCCCUCUCAUGUUCACUAUCCGUGGCGAGUACGACAUUCCUGAAGUGGAGCUGAGCCAUCUUGAUGGAUACCGCGGUAGUAGGCCUGUACGCAUUGGCAACGCCGCUGUUUUCCAUACCCAGCUGGAUAUCUACGGCGAGCUCCUCGACAGUAUCUAUCUCUACAACAAGCAUGGCAAUCCCAUUACCUAUGAUCAAUGGGCCUCCAUCCGCCGCAUGGUGAAUUAUGUCGCCAGUGUUCGCCACACGAAGGACAUGUCUAUCUGGGAGUCUCGGGGACAGAUUCAAAACUUCAUCUAUUCUAAGGUCAUGCUUUGGGUCGCUCUAGACCGGGGCAUCCGCCUCGCUGAGAAACGCUCUAGUCUUCCCUGCCCCGAUCGAUUCAGGUGGGUCCAGAUCCGCGACGAGCUAUACGACGAGAUCAUGGAAAAGGGAUUCAACGAGGAGCGUGGGCAUUUCUGUCAGAGCUACGAAAGCCGAGAUGUUGUGGACGCGUCUAUCCUGAUUGCGCCCUUGGUUUUCUUCAUCGCACCCAAUGACCCUAGGUUCAUUAGUACCUUGAAGCGGAUCCUGCAGAGCCCCAAAAAAGAGGGAUUGUACAGUGCCAAGAUGAUCUUUCGGUACGACCACGUCAAAGCCAAUGACGGCGUCGGCGGCGGCGAAGGCGCGUUCAUCAUGGUUACUUUCUGGCUUGUGGAAGCUCUGGCGCGUGCUGCCUCUUAUGAUGUCGCCAUUCCCAACAUUUGGAAGCUGGCCCUAGCACACUUCGACAACAUCUUGUCUUAUGCUAACCACUUGGGGAUGUUCUCUGAAGAAGUGGCAAUCUCGGGUGAACAGAUGGGGAACACCCCGCAGGCGUUCAGCCACUUGGCUUGCAUUAGUGCGGCGAUAAAUCUGGAAAAGCUAGGCCUCGAAAAGGCAGGCCGGGAGUGA